AGAGCCAUCUCUUCUCUUGCUGUGAAGUUUUGGUCGAGAUGUGGCAGGUGUGGGUGCUCGUCCUCACCAUUUCGGUCUGGAGUUCAGCUUCGGUCAAUGGCAACACAAAUACAAAUGACGCUUCUGCACUUAGAGUCAUGUACAGCAGCCUAAAUUCCCCAUCUCAGCUAACGGGUUGGAGCUCAAGCAGUAGUGGUGAUCCAUGUGGUCAGUCCUGGAGAGGUGUAUCUUGUUCAGGCUCUGCAGUUACAGAAAUCAAAUUAUCAGGCCUUGGACUUUCUGGGUCAUUGGGGUACCAGCUGUCAAGUCUAACUUCUUUAACAAUCCUGGAUAUGAGUAACAAUAAUCUUGCAAACCAUAUGCCCUAUCAACUCCCUCCGAAUGUGCAGCAACUAAAUCUCGCUGCAAACUCCUUCAAUGGUGCGAUCCCUAAUUCAAUUUCUCAGAUGACUUCUCUUACAUACCUAAACAUCAGUCAUAAUCAAAUUAAUGGCCCAGUGGGUGACAUAUUUGGACAGCUUUCUGCCAUUACCUCAUUGGACUUCUCUUUCAAUGGACUUACAGGUAACCUUCCUGGGAGUUUUAGCUCCCUUUCAAGUGUGACUACCAUGUAUUUACAAAACAACCAAUUUACAGGAUCCAUUAAUGUCCUUGCGAAUCUUCCCCAAAUUCAAUUUUUAAAUGUUGCAAAUAACCAAUUCAGUGGCUGGAUUCCUAACCGGUUGAAAAACAUAAGAAGUUUGCAGACUGGAGGUAACCCAUGGUCAUAUGGGCCUGCACCACCACCUCCACCAUAUACACCUCCACCAAGUGGAUAUUCCAACCAAAACAGCCCACCUAGUGGUAGUAAAUCAGGUAUCGGAGGUGGAGGUGUAGCAGGAAUAGUAAUAUCAGUUUUGGUCGUUGGCUCAAUAGUAGCAUUCUUCUUAGUGAAAAAGAGAUCCAAAAGGUCAGCGUCGGAUGUUGAAAAGCUUGACAAUGAUCGGCCUUUCACCCCUCUUGUUUUGAACGACGUUAAAGAAACGAAGUCUAUUCAGACAUCCUCCAUGAUUGACACAAAGACAGUGGAAACUUCUGCAUUGAUGAACCUUAGACCUCCCCCCAUUGAUCGGCACAAAUCAUUCGACGAAGACGACCUUCCAAUCAAGCCAAUUGUUGUCAAGAAAGCUAAUACUGCUCCCAUAAGUGCUACAAUGUAUUCAAUAGCAGACCUGCAGAUGGUUACGGACAGCUUUAAUGUGGAAAACCUUAUUGGUGAGGGGUCUAUUGGACGUGUUUAUCGAGCACAAUUCAAUGAUGGGAAGGUUCUUGCUGUGAAGAAAAUAGAUUCGUCUGUUCUGUCUUCCCAAUCAUCUGAAGAUUUCAUAGAAGUCGUUUCUAACAUCUCCCGGUUGCAUCACCCAAAUGUGACUGAGCUAGUGGGAUACUGUUCUGAGCAUGGGCAGCACCUGCUAGUUUAUGAGUUUCAUAGGAAUGGUUCACUCCAUGAUUUUCUCCACCUCUCAGAUGAAUACAGCAAACCAUUAACAUGGAACAGCCGUGUCAAGAUUGCUCUGGGGACUGCACGUGCAUUAGAGUAUCUACACGAAGUUUGCUCGCCAUCUGUUGUUCAUAAAAAUUUCAAGUCUGCCAACAUUUUACUGGACAUGGAGCUGAGUCCUCACCUUUCAGAUUGUGGCUUGGCGAACUUCAUACCGAAUGCUGAUCAGGUAUUGAACCAUGACAUGGGAUCUGGAUAUAGUGCACCUGAGGUUGCAAUGUCUGGUCAGUAUACCACGAAGAGUGACAUGUACAGCUUUGGAGUGGUCAUGUUGGAGCUUCUUACUGGUCGGAAACCAUUUGACAGCUUGAGGCCAAGAUCUGAGCAAUCGUUGGUUCGGUGGGCAACACCUCAGCUUCAUGAUAUUGAUGCUUUGUCUAAGAUGGUUGAUCCAGCUCUCGAAGGGCUAUAUCCUGUUAAGUCCCUCUCACGUUUUGCUGAUGUGGUGGCUCUGUGUGUCCAGAUGGAGCCAGAGUUCCGACCACCAAUGUCCGAAGUGGUGGAAGCACUUGUUAGGCUGGUGCAGCGAGCAAACAUGAGCAAGAGAACCACUGCAGAUGAGCAAGGACGAGGCCGGCGAGCAGAUGAUGGUGACAUUCAGGAGUAAAUGUUUUAAGUGGCAUAAGCUGGGUCAGUUCCUGUUGAUAAAUGAUGUAUGUGUAGUCUUGAUUUGACGAAAAGAGAAGAGGCAAGGAAAAGAGAGAGGGGUGGAGGAGUUUUUAUUUU